AUGAUGCUGACCCCGCGCGAAUCGGAGAAGCUGCUGAUCUACGUCGCCGCCGACCUGGCCCGAAAACGCCAGGGUCGCGGGCUGAAGCUCAACGUUCCCGAAUCGGUGGCCCUGAUCACCGAGUCGAUCCUGGAGGGAGCGCGGGACGGCAGGACCGUCGCCGAGGUGAUGGAACUGGGCCGCCAGGUCCUGCGCCGGGAGGAAGUGAUGGAAGGGGUGCCGGAACUGGUUGACCUGGUACAGGUGGAAGCCACCUUCCCCGACGGCACCAAGCUGGUGUCCGUACACGACCCCAUCGUGUAG